AUGAAUCAGACAUUACUAUUUGAUCCCGAAACAUUACCUCUAAGUAUAAGGCAAUAUCACCAUACCCUAAAUGAUGAUAUAGACGGGUGGUUUCACUUGGAACCAGAGGAUGUGUACGGUAAGCACCGGCAUGAUUUCUACUUGGGUUACUUGAUACAUUUACUUUGUGUCCAUAAAAAUGUAUUGUAUAUGCUUAUACCGAUGGUUAUUCAAUGGUUGAGAGAAGAAGGGUAUGACUAUAUUGCCCAGGCUAUGAAUUAUGCCUUUUGGCAAGACACUGAUGUUGAUCUUGAGGUUUUGAACGGGAAUUUCCUAAACAAGUUGGGCCCGUUUUGGCAGCUUUAUAAUAUCGGAUACUGGAAUAAGUUUCUAAAUGCAAACCAGUUACUUUCUAUACUUCACCUGAAGGUCAAUUUGCAAACGUUCAAUGCAAUAGAGAAUCAGAAUGGAUUGACUAGAGGACAUUUUCUUAAUAUUGUCUAUUCGUUACUUAAGCAGGAUCCACAACAUCCAAAUAUAAACACUAUUCUAGUGACUAUACUAACAAAUAUAGUUCACUACACCAGGUCUGAGCUAGCGAGAGAUGACUCGGUGUUAGAACAUACAAACGACUUAAUCCUUGUAUUUGCAAGCAGAUGGUUAGCAUUUGUUCCUGAUUCAGAAUCACUUUACAAUUCCUUGUAUCCUGAGAAUAAAAUGUUGUUCCUAGGAUUAACCAAUCUCUGUCAAUACUGUUAUAAGAAUUCCUCUGGAAAGUUAGGUGAAAGAUUUAGAAAUCUAAAGGAAACAAUCAACAUGUUGCGAAUAUAUUAUCUUUGCCUGAAUGAACAAUUUGAAAUCAGUUCAUACAAAUCAAUUGUUAAAACGCUUUUAACAAUUCAAGGCCCUAAUGUUAACAUUGAUGAAUUCUUAUAUUGGUUAGAAGAUACCGGACAUUCCGAAUUAGCCCAAAAUUUGCAUAUUUAUGAUGAUUCAAUAAUUGACGACUUCAAUAUAUAG